GUGACCGGAUCCAUGAACGAUGGGACCGAGUGUCUACACCUUGCAGUCAAGACCCUGAUUUACUCCAAACAGCCGAGACCGCAGCAGAAACACGGAGCCCGUCGUAGUUUCAAGGAUGUUAUUCCCAGAUGUGACUUUCUCGGCUGUAAAUUAUGCACUUGUGUUGGGAAUAACGUGCUUGACCGUCUUCUGCAACUUCACCAAAGGUUCCGCUGAGUUUUCAGGCUUCCUGUCCAAAGUACUGCAGAACUUCACGGCGCAGGCCUGCGAUGGUGACUACUUCUUCGUCAGCUGUCCUCCCCGUACCACCAUCAGCAUCCAGUCAUCCUUCUAUGGCAGGAGUGGCUCCGCCCCUGCACAGUGCCCGCCCCGUUCUGUCCAUUUCCCCGCCCACCUGGCAGGAGAUGACGCCCACUGCUUUGUGUCCACGUCAUCACAGAAGAUGCUCGCUGAGUGCCAGGACAGACGGAGCUGCCGGUUCUUCGUCAACAGCCGUCUUUUCGGGACGGACCCCUGUCCCAGCAGCAGCAAAUACCUCAUUGUGUGGUAUAAAUGUCGCCCCAACGAGUACAAGAACAAGGUGGCCUGUGAGGGGGAGCAGAUGAACCUGAGCUGCAGGAGGGGGAUGCUGAUCGCUGUCUACUCAGCAUCCUUUGGGAGGACCCCACAAGGCGUCCAGGAGUGCCCGCUCCAAAACCAGAGGGCGCCGGCACAUGAACCCCUUGGCAUCUGUAACCUGUCCGCUGUGCUGUCGAUGGUCGUUUCUGUGCACAAGCGCAGGCCGCGGAUCCUCGUCCCCAAGAAGCUGCUCCAGGGCGUCGCAACCGAGCAAACGGGGAACACACCCCUCCAUCCCAAUGACCUCAACAUCGUAGGAGACGGUGCCCCACUCGACAGAGCUGAGCUCGUGACCUCUGACCCUCAGCCAGAACUAGAAUCGGUGUCAGAGUCAGUUCAUCACCCCACGGUGUAUGAGGAAUUUGCCAUCAUUCUUUUGGUGCUGCUUAAAAUGUAA